GAAUUGUUAGACAUCAUUAAAAAGAAUUUCGAUUUAAGACCAGGUGUUAUUGUGCAAGAAUUAGGACUUCAUAAACCAAAUGGUUGGUCUUAUGAACAAACUGCUUCAUAUGGACAUUUUGGUCGUGAUGAGUUCCCAUGGGAAAAACCAAAGGAAUUGAAAUUAUAA